AACGUCGGCACGCAAAGCGCCCGCUUGGAUAUUAUCGGGGACUAUGAAAUACAACGCGUCUCGUAUGGCGAUCUGUACCCUGCUCAGUGCUAUUAAGGAGGGGGACUUAACUGCAUCGAAGCGUCUGCUGGAACGCAAGGAUAUUAUAGGGAAUUUAGCAAACAUUGAUUAUUUGGAUGAGGACUGCGACGGGACAGCGCUAUUCUGGGCCUGCAGCAAAGGUUUAUUAGACAUUGUGGAGACCUUAAUAGCCAACGGCGCUGAUGUGGACUCAAGGAACGCGUGGGGAGCUGCCCCCUUGCACGGAGCAGCCGACAACAACCACUGUGACAUAGUGAGGUUCUUGAUAAAGAAUGGCGCCAAAGUGGACCUCACCACAAUAAACGGGGACACACCUUGUCACCUCGCUGCCUACAGGGGUUACUUAGAUGUCGUAAAACUUCUUGUGGACGAAGGGUGCGACAUCUGGAAAGAAAACGGCGACGGAAGCACGGCCUUGGAAGAGGCCAAGAACAGGGGGCAUUACCACAUUGUGAAAUUUAUACGAGACUUGCAAUAUAGUGGCAACAUUCCAAAAGCUCCUGAGCGCAGUGAAAGCCCAAGUCCGCCUGCAGUAUCACAGUAUGCGACAAUCUUUCCCCCGACACUACAAUGUAAAAAAAGACUUCAGAGAAGCUUUAUUGAUCUCCGUGCCUGCCCCAGCUACACGCAGGCAGAGCACCUGCAGAACUCCCGGCCAAACAGCCUCAGUGUCGACCUAGGAACAUUGUCUAGUUUGUCUACUUCUCCUACUUAUGGCCACCUCAGACAGAGGCUAAAUCACGGAAACAUUUCGAUAUCAGAAGGGGAACACUUCCACCAAAACGUACAACAGGCGUCUGCUGCGACAGACUUCGUCUUGCCCAAUGGGGUGCGAGGAUUUUAGUGACGUAAGGCUUAAUCCAAAUGAUAUGUACAGCCGACAGAUUUCGAAAUCUGCGCACAGUUUAUCUUCGCCAAAGGACUCAAAUAUCGAACCGUCAUCAAACUCUCUGACGUCAGAUUGGAAUAUACAGUCUUCGUAUGUUAGUAGUUUCCAAGAUAAAGACAGACUUUAUUCUGGUAAAAAGUUCAAUGUCAAUCAAUAGCAGAGACUGGCAGCUUAAUAAUGCGAACGACAUGUCUAAGCUUACGUAUCUUAAAUGUAUAUUCAAGACGCGUCGAAAACAGACGCACAGAAAUAUAUUGAGAUCGAUCACGUGGUUAUUUAACGUCAGAAGGCCAGUGGUGACCUCACGCGUCUGAAUACUUUGGUGCAACUUUGACUAUUUAACGUCAUGUAUUUUCGGGUUUUUUAUUUGUCGGACACUAUUGUGUUUGUCGCUCAAUACCAAAGACAAGUCGGUGCCGCAAAUUGUCAUGCGACACAUCAGUUAUUUAAAUAUAUGUGCAUCGUAAAUCUCAUGAUUGGUCAAGUUGAUUUUAUUUUGUCCAUUGGAGGCGUGCAUUAAUGACUUGCUGGUGGCUUAUGUGGAGUAAAGGGAAAUCAGGGACCAUUAAGGGAGAGAGAGAGGGGCAAAGCUUACAUCGUGCUUCAUUUUGUCUUUGAUCAGGCGUCUCGAGGCAUGGCAUAAGGGUCGCAACCUUUAUCUCUCGAUGCACUUCUAAUAACAGAGUAACAACCUGUGUAUUGUGAUACUUAAUACCUGUAACAAUUUGCUCACAAAGUCUGAUAGUUAAACCUCUCUAUUGAACGCGUCACGCCGCUGUAAUGCUCACGGACGUGCCUGGUUAAGGGGUCGUGUUUAAAUCACAUAGGACUCUCUUCUGGAAUUAAUAGUUUCCUUGUCGUAGCAGGGACGAGAGAGAUACGCGUCUGUUAUCAGUAACACGCGAACCUUCAGCUCAGUCUUUAUGUCAUUACACCGCUGAUGAUUAGCAUGACACGCGGUGGCUGCUUGUGAUGUCGUUAUGGUUUCCUUUGGUUAAUACAGGUAUUUUAAUAUUAGGAAUAACCGCCAAUAUGAAGAGAGUUGGGGUCCAUGAAUGCAUUGGUGCAUGGCCAGUUUCUGGUGUGAAGUAAUAAGGGUGAUGUGGUGUAUAAACUUGAGAUUUGGGACACGUUAUUCCAUUAAACUAGAGGUUCGUUUCGAGGUAGCACGCACGCACGCACGCACGUAACAUCAACGUAGCGCGCAUUUUUAAUUGACAUACCAAUGGAUGUGAUAAUGAAGCAGUAGAGGCGUAAUAUUGACUGCAUAUUUAUGACGUUUUUAGAAGAAUUUAAGUCAGGCAAAGUACCAAAACUAGGUAUAGUAUGGAUGCGUGAAAUUACAUUCUUUACAACUCUCUAUAAAACUGCCUGCGGUGCACAAUGUUAAUUGUGCACCUGUUAGAACAUUCCAACUUCUAUAUUUAUUGAUAAGAAAUGAUAUGGUGUUGUAAUUAUAUUAUACCAGAUCUGUUUAGUCGUGAUUAUUGUCGUGGCCAUUCUUAGCACACGUGCCACUGAACUUAAUUAUACGCCGUUGUUGUGCAAUAAAGAUAUUUCUUGUUUAAAAUCUUGGUCUUCGUCUUGCAUUUCCUUUGAGAAGAUUGAGGAAAUUUCAUCGGUUACAGAAAAAUGAGAACGUUGCAACAAAGACACCACAUCUUGUUAUCACAAAACAAAGAAUUGGAGACUCAGAUGUGACCCGGGGUUCUACCAGCAUCAAAUAUUUAAUGGUCACGAUUUGCUGAUAGGCAAAUUCUUGUACUCAACCCAGACGUGUAGACGUAUUGACUUACUCAGCAGUGUUCGCUAAGAAUUGAGGAGAAAGGAAAUAAAAUUUGUCUAGUUCAUAUAUAUAAUUCAUUUUGUAUUCUUUAAAAUAAGGGCGUUGGCAAAGGCCCAAUAUGCCGGCUUAUAUCAGAGUCGACUGUGGAGAUGAAAUAAAACAUAAGAAAUG